AUGGAGCUCGAAGUCAUCAAGCUCGAGCACGUGCCGGACUCCUAUACCGUGCAUCUGGCCCUCUUCCGAGAUGUGAAAAACGCCGCAUUCCUGCACCAGCAGCUCCUGGCGCGCAACAGCGACUUCGAAUACGCCUUUGUCGAUGCUUCCGUCGUCGUCUCAAGAAUGCAGCUCCUAGCCGCCGUCUUCAAAGCUACCAAUGCGGCCGCUAAUGGCGCACUACAAACUCCCAACAUCCACUCCGAGACAGUUGCCUCCCUAAGUCCGUCCAAUAAUAUCGCGGACGCCUAUCGCCGCUUCGGCAUCUCCCCCACUACCAAGGACCUCCUGGUCGUCAAAAUCACAUUCCCUACAGAAGCACGGCCGCAGCCAGCACCAACUGAGUCGAUAGCCAAGCACCUGCAAGAGAAUGUCGAGGGCAUCAGCGUACCAGCCUCCGACGACAAUAUUGCGGCCUGCGCAGACAUGGCCAAGGUCAGAAAAUACUACAAGCUCAACGGCAUCAACUGGCUCAACACGCCGGAUCAGGCCGAGGGCAAGAAGCAAAUAGAAGGUUUGAUUCUCGGGUCCAUGGCUUUAAGGGGAGUAUAG